UUCACGACCUUAUAAACAAUUAUUGUGUGUGUCAUAAAGAUAAUUGUUUCAUUUAUAAAAAAAGCUGCGUUUCCGCCAAUGAAUAAAUAGCUGCCAUUUCAGAAAAUCUAUCCAGUGGUAAGCUGAGUUUUAAAACGUCUGCAGCAAGUUAAUAAAUAUUUUUAUGAUUACAUUAAAUUAUGAGUCCAGAAGAAGAAAAUAACUGGAUGAACGGCCAAGGAAGAAUGGGUGGCAUGGAGGAUGAAAUUGACGAUUUCUUAAAAAUACUUAUGGAUGAACAUAAAUCAGAUCAAAUAGUUUUAGAUCAAAACACGAAAAAUACAGACAUGCAUUUUUUAUGUACUAAUUCGUUGCUUGGACACAAACCAUUACAACUAACUUCAAAUAACUGCGAUGGUGCCGAGUCACCAGCAAGCUCUUACGGAACGCUUUAUUCACCGCCAUCAAGCCCUGAAUCUAUUAGAAUACAAAUGAAUUCAUCGUGUAAUAAAAAUAUAUCUAUAAAUGAACCUGUAGUUCACAUACCAAGUAUAAUGUUAGGACAAGAUAAUGAUGGUUCUUAUAAGUACGAUCCACGACCUCUUGGUAGGAAAAAACGACGCAACUUAGUUCCAGAUGAAAAAAAAACAAUCGACUAUUGGGAAAGAAGGAAAAGAAAUAAUCAAGCAGCCAGACGAUCCCGCGAAGAAAGGCGUUUAAAAGAAUUACAAACAUUUCAUUGCAUGAAGCUUCUGCAAAACGAAAACACAUCUUUAAAACAAACAAUACAAAUAAUGUUGAGAAACCAGCAACAGCUACAAGAAGAAAUAAAUAUGAUGAAACAAGUAAUUGAUCAGUCAUAUAAACAACGUCAUGGCACAUAGAAUUGACUAAGAACAAACUUGCUGAAACGCAUUUUAUGCGUUUUAAUAAAAAAACUCCUCUUCGCGAAUCAUACAACGCUUUACCAAACAUAGAUUUCACCUAAAAGAAAAUAGCUUAAGUAUAUAAGCAUGAUAGCAAAGGUUUUUUCUCUAUUAAGUAUAUUUAGUUUGUAUAUAUAUACAUAUAUAUUAUAGAUGUAAUUUAUUUUUAACCUA